AUGUCUCUCCCGCCGGAUCUAAAGGUCCUUUGCCGUCGGUUGACUUCUACACCACCGGCUCAGCUCCCUCACUCAAUCCCGGCCUUCAUCAACCAUGUCCUCCGCUGCAAAGAUGUCCUGUCUGCGCCGCAGGACCCCAAAUCAACAUACAGCUCAUCUGAAGCCUCAACUCUGGUUCAUAAGCUGAGAACCAUCAUCACGACCCUGUUGAACGGCAAGAGUGCCAUGGGGCGCUUCACUGGCGCAACCCUCGUCAAGGCCGUCAUCGAUGUGGGCGGCUGGGAGUGCCUCAAGGAGUCAGGCAACUGGGUUCGCGGGCUUUUGGCUAUGCUCCAGAAAAACGACCCCUUCCCGGUCAAGGAGAUUGCCAUUGUCACCCUCGUCCGGAUUUACACUCUCAUCCAUGGUUACCAAACUCUCACCAGAGAGAUCGCGACGCCCACCAUUCCGGCCUUCUUCAAUGCGUGUCUGCAGCUGAUCAAGCUCCCAGCAGCGGGUCAACACCUCAAGACGCCACUGGCCGUCGUCGAGACUGUCCUCGACGCAUUCUCCGCCCUGAUCCCCGCCUACCCGACGACCUGCCGCCCUUUCAACGGUCAGAUCAGGACGGCCAUCCGUCCCUACUUGGCACCUACCUCGUCUGAUGGCAUAGCGGUGCCCCAGUCGCUUCGUCGGGCUAGCAGACACCUAGCCAUCUCGCUCCCUCUUACCACGGCAGGCAAGACGGGUCCGAGUGAUGACUGGGCUAAGCUGGUUGGCGAGCUGAGGGAAGAGUUUCACCUGAAUGCUGACCAGGUCUUCCGCGCCGUCCAGGAGUCCUGGGAGGCCUCGGCACCCUACGCCCGUUCCAAGGUAGACUUUGACGCGCAACCGCAGGGUCUCGAGGUGCCCGGCCGGCUGCCCCAAUGGACCGGAAUAUCCGCCGGCCGUGACAGACUCGUCGGCCUGCUCCAUUACCUGGCCGACGCGCUCCGUUAUUCGACGAAGACGCCUGUCACAAUCCCCGUCGCUGCCAUCAUGGAUGUCGUCUCUCGCGUCUCGCUCAUCAGCCGCAACUCCAAGUCCCAGUCUUGGGACCAGGCGCUCGAGACCCAAGCCGCCGUGGGCAGGGAGGAAAAGGAGGAGCUCUGGGCCGCGAUGCCCGACAUCCAUGUCGCCGCCCUGGAUCUCCUCCUGAUCCUAGUGCAGAGGCUAGAGCGCAACGCGCUGUCGACCGUUCCUGAGAUCUACGAUAAUAUGAUGCUCAUCUUCCGCUCCGGCAUCAGCAUCCCUGCCGUUCGCGCCGCCACCUAUAGGCUCCUCGACGAGACCCUCCCCAUUGCCGGCCCCGGCCUGCAGAAGCUCACUGUCGAGGCCCUCGGCAUUGUCUCGUUGGCUUGCUGCCGCGACAUCCAGCAAGAAUCAGGCUACGUCAAGGAAGCGAAAACCGUCACCAAGACUGCCGCCGAGACCAAGAAGAACAAUAUCGCCGCCAACGCUGAUCUCUUUCUCCCCUCGCAGACUUCUGCGGAAUCCGCGCCCACGUCCAGACCUACCCUCGACCCCUCGCACCUAGCCGCUGCCGAGUCCCUCCUCGCCGGCCUUCUCACUCACCUGCCCCAGCAGCAUCUCAAGCCGGGUCUGCGCGGCCUCCUGGACCAGACGGCCAUCCUGUCGCACAACCGCGACGCCAUGAUCGCCAGCGUGCUGAACCCCUACGUCAACCAGGGCGGCGCCAUGUUCCCAAGCAUCCUGCCGUACCUCGCGCAGCAGUUCCCGCACGACCGCGGCGUCGAGAUCCUGCGCUCCAACAUUCGCACCUCGACGCAGGGGUCUUCCGACGUCCUCGAGGGCGUCAACGCCACUCUCGAGGAGCUCGAGGCCGAGGAGGCCGCCGAGGACGGCGACGAGGACAUCGCUUCGGAGAUCGAGGUCAAGGGGGACGCCGAGGACCAGGAGAUGAAGGAGGCCGAGGCCGCGGCUCAGGCGUCGGCUGGAGAGACGAUCGUCGUGGCCAACGACAUCGAAGACAAGAGCAACCCGUUCCGCCCGUCCAAGGAGGCGGAGGGGGGCUCGAUCCAGGUCGCGAACCCCUUCGCCGUGACGUCCACGCAGAAGCGCAAGCUCGACGACGAGGGCGCGAGCCCGCCCAAGAGGCAGAGCGUAGAGGGGAAAAGUGAACGGGUAGUGGCAGCAGCCCCGGCGCCAGCUGCCGAACCGGUCAGAGACGGGGACGGGGACGACAGCGAUGAUGAGAGCGUUCAUCUGAAUAUGGACCUAGACGAUGACGAGGACGAUGAUGAAGAUGAAGAGUAG